GUUCAAGUGGGAACAGCUGGCCUGGGAGAGCUUAAGACUCCAGAGGCCUGGCAGGUGCCAGCAGUGGAGGUAAGCAACACGGAGGCCUUGCCCAGACCCUCCUCCUCCUCCUCUCACCUGCUCAUGUGGCCCUUCCCAAGCAGCUCUCUCUUCCCACCCCCCACCGAGGCCUGGCUCCAGAGAGCCACCUCGGACCCUGAGGCCCAGGGAUGGGGGGCCUGGAGUGGGACAGGGAAGCCCCCUCUGGGGCCAGGGCACGGGGAGAAAAAAGAGGAGGAGAAGAAAGAGGAUGCAAAGAAAGAAGACGAGGAAGACGCAAGCUUCCCUCUUUCUAUCUUAGAGAGGGAGAACCUGGCCGAGUGUCCGGCUCCUGACCAGGAGCUGGAGGCCAUCAGACUGAAGCUGUGGGCCAUGGAGCAGGCUGGGGAGCCUCCAGGGCUGCCCAACAUACAGGGUGUCGUCCCAGGAGAGGAAGGCACAGGCAUUAUGCUGGCUGGGGGGCUGCUGAGUCCUGAGACAGGUCUCCCCUUCCCGGAGAGUCCCCAGGAGAAGGAGGAGGUCGACCACAGAUCCAUCUAUGUGGGCAACGUGGACUACGGGGCCACGGCAGAGGAGCUGGAGGCCUACUUCAACCCCUGUGGUGAGAUCCACCGAGUCACCAUCCUGUGUGACAAGUUCUCCGGACACCCCAAGGGGUCAGUAGGGGGUGCAGGCUGAGGGGCUGGGCAGUGCGAGGAGUGGGUGCAGGGCCUGGUUUAGGGCCAGGAUGGCCCAGGGCAGGCCCUCACCCUGCCCCCUUUCCCCUACCCUCCCACUUCCACCCCAGCUACGCCUACAUAGAGUCUGCUG